AUGGUCCAGAUUAUAAAUCACGACACACGUCUACUGUCGCCUGUCUGCUGUCACGACUGCUUCUUGCAACAUCUUCCUGAGAGUCAAGGACAGCUUGGAGUGCCCUCCUGCAGCUCAGAAACAGAGUUGUCAGUCACUGCUGACUUAGUGCCUACCUCAUCGUGGAACAUUUCAAGUGAGCUCGACAGAGAGUCUUACCUGGCCCUCGAUGAACCGAUGAAUAACAUCACCACGUCCCUGGGGCAGACGGCAGAACUGCACUGCAAAGUCUCUGGGAAUCCGCCUCCCACUAUCCGCUGGUUCAAAAAUGAUGCACCUGUGGUCCAGGAGCCCCGGAGGAUCUCCUUUCGGGCAACCAACUAUGGCUCUCGGCUACGGAUUAGAAACCUCGACACCACAGACACGGGCUACUUCCAGUGCGUGGCGACGAAUGGCAAGAAGGUGGUUUCUACCACUGGAGUCUUGUUUGUCAAGUUUGGCCCCCCUCCCACUGCAAGUCCAGGGUCCUCGUAA